AGCUCCGGGCCGCGGCGGUGGGCGCUGCCGCUUCGUGCUGGAAGCGGGCGGAAUCGCGCCGCCCCUGCCCGCCCUGAGGUGCCGGAGAGGGGCCGAGGCUCUCGGUGAGAGCUUUGCAGGCCGCAGCGAAACAGAAUGCCUUUCAUAAACAAAAACAAGGUCUUCUGGUCCAGAUGACAGGGCUUCUUACAAGAUUGCAGACUUCAGCUCUAGCAAUAAGAACUCUAUCAUCAUCGAAUCUUUUUUCUCAAAAUAUCCCAAGCUGUUUGUGGAAACUGGGCCGACUUAAUCAUGUAGCAAUUGCAGUACCUGACUUGGAGAAAGCUCAGUCCUUGUAUAAAGAUGUGUUAGGAGCCCAGGUGAGUGAGACUGUUGCUCUUCCUGAACAUGGUGUCUACACUAUUUUUGUGGAGCUGGGAAAUACCAAGCUGGAACUUCUACAUCCCUUAGGAGAGGAAAGUCCCAUUGCAAGCUUUCUGCAAAAAAACAAAACUGGAGGAAUGCAUCAUAUCUGCAUUGAGGUUGAUGACAUAAAAGCAGCUAUGACAGAACUGAAGAAAAAAAAGAUACGAAUAUUGAGUGAAGAGCCAAAAAUAGGUGCACAUGGCAAGCCUGUGAUUUUUCUUCACCCUAAAGAUUGCCAUGGAGUCCUUGUGGAACUUGAGCAAGCUUGAGCUGUAAUAUUCAUAAAUAAUACAAUAGAUUAGCUCUGAAGUUACUGAGCUGGUGCUGGGAAUAUUGAUGUGGUAUUCAGUCUUUACAACUUGACUGUAGUUCCUGUGGAUUAAGUACAGCUUUUGAGUGCUGAAAUAGUGCUACAGAUUUAGGGUAGUAUUGCCUUUUUUUUGUUGUUGAUCUGAUUUUCAGAAUUAUGCUGACAUUUCUUGAAUUCUCUGUGAUUCUAAAGACAUACACAUGAGCAAAGUUAUAUAUGUAACAUAAUAAUUUUAAUUCUGUUGCCUCAGGUUUGCAGCAUGGUUUUACCCCUGUAACCACAGAAACUACAGUUUCUAGGUCAUCCAACAAUAUUUUGUUCUACAUUUCAAAGCAGAGACCCACUUCUCAGUGGCAACAAUAUAGCUUAGAUAUUCUCUUUAAAAAGAAAGGAAAA